CUUGUCGCAAAUCCAACAUGGCGGUGUGUGUCGCUGUCAUAGCGAAGGAGAAUUACCCUCUCUAUAUCCGGAGCGUUCCAACGCAGAGUGAGCUGAAAUUCCACUACACAGUGCACACUUCGCUGGACGUGGUGGAAGAGAAGAUCUCUGCAGUUGGUAAAGCGAUGGCUGAUCAGCGAGAGCUCUACCUGGGACUGCUCUACCCUACAGAGGACUACAAAGUAUAUGGCUAUGUGACGAACUCCAAAGUGAAGUUUGUGAUUGUUGUGGACUCGUCAAACACAUCGCUGAGAGACAACGAGAUACGAAGCAUGUUCAGGAAACUGCACAGCUCCUUCACAGAUGUCAUGUGCAAUCCCUUCUACAACCCUGGAGAGCCAAUUCAGUCCAAGGCUUUUGACAGCACGGUGUCAGGCAUGAUGGUGCCGUCCUGCUGAAGCUGUAUUUUACUCUGUUGUACAUACAGAAGUUUUUGUGUCCGUUUGUGUAUGUUUAUUGUAUGAAGUAAAAUUUCCAAUGAAUAAAUUGAUUUAUUACACUGA